AUGCCAGCGGUCAAGAAGGAGCUCCCAGGCCGCGAAGACCUGGCCCUGGCUCUGGCCACCUUCCAUCCGACCCUGGCCGCACUACCGCUGCCGCCCCUCCCAGGCUACCUGACACCACUGCCAGCGGCGGCCGCCCUGCCCCCGGCCGCCUCGCUACCCGCCGCGACCGCUGGCUACGAGGCGCUGCUGGCUCCACCACUCCGCUCCCCGCGCGCCUACCUGAGCCUGCACGAGGCCGCCCCGCACCUCCACCUGCCCCGGGACCCUCUGGCCCUCGAACGCUUCUCAGCCACUGCGGCCGCAGCCCCGGAUUUCCAGCCGCUGCUGGACAACGGCGAGCCGUGCAUCGAGGUGGAGUGCGGCGCCAACCGCGCGCUGCUCUACGUGCGCAAACUCUGCCAAGGCAGCAAGGGUCCGUCCAUCCGCCACCGCGGGGAGUGGCUCACACCCAACGAGUUCCAGUUCGUCAGCGGCCGAGAGACGGCCAAGGACUGGAAGCGCAGCAUCCGCCACAAAGGAAAAAGUCUGAAGACGCUUAUGUCCAAGGGGAUUCUGCAGGUGCACCCUCCGAUCUGCGACUGUCCGGGCUGUCGAAUAUCCUCCCCGGUGAACCGGGGGCGGCUGGCAGACAAGAGGACAGUUGCCCUCCCCACUGCACGGGUCCUAAAGAAGGAGCUGACCCCCAGCUUCUCGUCCAGUGAUGGUGACAGCGAUGGGAGUGGCCCAGCCUGUGGGCGGCAACCAGGCUUGAAACAGGAGGACACCCCACAUGUCCCUAUCAUGAAGAGAAGAGUCCACACCCACUGGGACGUGAACAUCUCCUUCCGAGAGACGUCCUGCAGCCAGGACAGCGACCUGCCCACCCUCAUAUCCAGUGUCCACCGAAGCCGCCACCUCGUUAUGCCCGAGCAUCAGAGCCGCUGUGAAUUCCAGAGAGGUGGCGUGGAGAUAGGCCUGGGAGCCUCAGGUGAGGAGCUGGGGGGAGAGAACACGGCUGCCAGGGCCACUGCAGCUCAGCCUGAGGACAGACAGUGA